GGGCACAUUAACAGUACGUUGUUGCAGGAGAUCAUAUAACUGGCCCAAUUUUUUUCGUGGCGAUUAAUUUUUUGUUCUUCAUAAUUAUAUUUACCAUCUCAGACCCCGUCUUUGCAAGGAUUGAUCUUAUUUACAAGGUUUCUUGAAAUUAACAGAUCGUAAAAUCAUGGAACAUUUGUUGCUCUUGAUUGGUUUUAUAGUUUUCCUGCUUCUUCGGCAGUGUUCUUCCAUAUCACCAUCGUAUGAAGUACGUUUCCAUGGAUCUAAGUCAAAUAAGACGAAGCAUGGAAUACUUCAGAUUCGGAAAUCCUCAUCCGACGGAUCUUCCCCUUGGCAGUAUCUUGAGCCCGACAGUAUCGGCCUCACCGGGGCACGACUGGUUUGUCGUCAGCUCGGCUUCCCUUAUGUCUGUGGUAAGGGUAGCGAGAUAAUGAUGAACAUCACGACAGAAGAUAUUUUCUGGUUUGAUACAAGUUGUACCGGUGAUGAGGUCUCUCUUCAAGAUUGCACCAUGAGUUUGCGGCAACAAUCUCUCCUGCAAAGGGUCCCAAAGACGAUGUACGUCCUCACAGUGACGUGUGCAUCUGAGGACGAUAUUGAAGUGCGCUUAUCGAACAGUUCAUCCAUUGGGAAGGGUACUGUUGAGUACCGUUGUAUGGGUGAUUGGAUGAACAUUUGCUUCGAUGCGUGGUAUCCAGCUACGGCUAACACACUCUGCAAGCAACUUGGGUAUGGAGGAGUGGUCGAGGAUGUUCAGGUUGCCAUGCCAACUGCAUCACUCUCGAGUAGAAGUUUUUAUUGCUCCACCACGACGCAGAUGGACCAUAUAUUCGAUUGCCUGAUGGCAGAAGAAAGUUGCGUAUCGGGAAAGGCAGCAUCUGUAACAUGUGGGAUAGAAAUCACAGUUGAGAAGAGAGGUGUCACCCUAUGCGAUUCUACAAUGACGUGCAGAGGGAACUGUGGUAAUGCAACAAUGACUGGAUGUCGCUGCGACAGUGCAUGCCAUCUUUACAAUGAUUGCUGUUAUGACUUUACUGAGGAGUGUGGUCUGCAAGGCGAACAAAUGCUACAUCAUACCCAAGGCAACAUCCUAGAUCUGUCAUUGUAUUCUUGUGAGAAGCCGCUCGGAGGAAUGAGCAAUAUCUAUCAACAAGCUGAAUGGUUUUAUUUCAUAAGGAAAUGCCCAUCCAUGACAGAAGAAAUGCUUAGAGAUCGUUGCGAAGGUCCAAGUUCGGUGGAUGAUGUUCUUCGUAACUUGCCAGUUUACGACCAUGAAGGAGACGUUUUCUACAACGUCUUCUGUGCAGCAUGUAAUGGAAGGAAUUUAAACGACCUGACUGCCUGGAGGGUUGAGGCUGAACCUGAAGAGAAUUUCUUCACUAAUGAAAAGCAAAUUUAUUAUGUUGUACUACCGCCGUGGGAAGAACGAGGCAAAACAAGACCGUGCUACGCUGAAGGGAUGGUGACAGAUUAUUGUCCUUCUUUCACCGGAUCACAGCUUGAGAGUGCAUGUCAGAACUACCAAGCACCAGUUGUACAUUCUGGUGGUGCUGUGUAUCGCAAUCCACAUUGUGCCAAGUGCCAUAGCAAACGUAUAAACGAGAUUCCCAUUGAGUCCUGCACUGGAUGCCAGUGCCAGAAUCCGUAUUGUUUCUUGAAAUGUCCGGACGGUCGAACAGGAAGACUAGCAUCAGUCACCCUCCUAUUUGACUUUUUCACUUCGGAUGAAGUCCAGUGCACGGGAAUUGGAGAGAUAUAUGACAUGUUCCUCGAGAGGUGCCGAGUGCUUGUCUGUCCACCUGGCACGAUAUUCGUAGCAGAUUCCUGCGUAUCGAUGGAGUCUGGGUCAGAUGAUCCUACCUUACAAUCAACAAUGAGUUGUCUGAUUUCUGCCAUUGCAUCAAGUUUAACUGAAAUAGCCGAAAUAAUUCUUGAUCGCAAUGUAACUUCAAAUGAGAACUCGGCUUUCCUCUUUGCUGAAAAUAUUAAUGACGCCCAAUCUGUCGCUUUGACCCUAGGAGCAAUCGUAGACUAUUCAAAUGAAGUUCAUCAGAUGAUAUGCAAUCUCAGUGACGUCAUGCUAAUCGCCCCACCUCCUUUUAAUGAUACUGUACCAGAUGUUUGCAGUCAGCACACUGUUGCACCUGCAAUAACAAAUACUGCCUUUAGAGCAGACAAUGGUGACUUAUGGCAUCUAAAUAGAACAUUCUUGAUGUUCAACGAAUAUCAUUUCUUUGGUAACUCUUCGGUUUACGUUAGCAGUCAGCCUUCAGGAAAGUGUUGGUUUGCACUCUUAAAUACCCUUAUAUGUGAGUUACAAGUUGUACCCGAAGAUAAAUUUGCAAUUGAUGGAAACCUAGCUGUCCAUAUUCCAACAGGUACAGAACUGACAUUUGACGAGUAUUUCCUUUUGCUAAAUGGAAGUUACGUCGUAUGUUCGGGGAAUCUUAACGGAUCUACUGAUGUACAAAGCAUCAUGUAUCUAAUCGGGGCAAGUAUGUCUAUUUUAUGUCUCCUUGCGACACUGGUCACCUAUACUGUCCUGCCGAAGCUCAGGAAUGUGGCUGGUAAAUGCCUGAUGAAUGUCGCUUUGGCACUACUUGGAGCAAAUCUGAUCUUCGUGUUGAACCCUUUGUUGAGUUACAACACGAUCCUCUGCUCAAUCAUGGCUGCUCUUGCGCAUUUCUUUUGGCUUGGUUGCUUCAGCUGGAUGAAUGUCGCCGGCUUCAACAUGGCUCGUACAUUCGGAUGGAAUGCCUCGGGAACAUCCAUCCAAUCUACCAGAAGUUGCUCCAAAGGGACAUUAGUUUCCUACAUCCUCUACGGCUGGGGUGUACCUUUCGUGAUUGUUGCCAUCGGAAUCUGCUUCCAUUUGUGCCAGUGCACGGGGCUGAGGUUUCAGUAUGGUGGACCACUUAUCUGUUGGAUUGAAGGGGAGCGUAGAGCCAUGAUGUACGCAGUCGGUAUACCUAUCUACAGUUCUAUUUUACUUAAUGUCCUACUGCUCUGCUUCACAGCUGUUUCUCUAAUUAGGCAUCGAAGAGAAGGCAGGUCAUUAAGAGCAAAUCAGACGUUUAUCUUUAAAGAGAACCUGACCAUUGUUGCCAAGCUGUCAGUUGUUCUCGGGACAUCUUGGACGUUCGGCGUCGUGUACAGUUUCACCGAGGACGUCGUUGUCAUGUACAUUUUCGUAACGCUAACUUCAUUACAAGGUGUCCUCCUCUUUGUCUUCUUCGGAAUCACCAAGCGAGUCCGACGGAUGUGGAAGGCGAAGUUCCGGCCAAGUGUGGCUGACGUGACGGUCUACACAGUGAAAUGUGUGUCUACCCAAUGGCGUGAUUCCACUGCGGGUUUGACCACUCGGACGUCACCCUUGUAGAGAUAUGCUGGCUUCUGGAUGAUUUUUCGAAACUACCAUCAUAAAUAGUCUGCCAUUAUAAAAUCGUAUUUAAGAGUUGAUAUGUGCAAGGAAAAUAAAACAAUGUGUAUCGAUUAUUCUAAUUAACAUAUUGCAUUUUUAAAAGAAACAAUUAUAUUUAAUGAUCAAUAUUCAUAGUAUAAAUACUUGAAAUACUCUUUAGGGGGCUGUACUGCAUGGCUACUUACAACAUCAUGAUUAUGUAUAGGCAUGUAUUAAGAUUAACAGUGAUUACAACUUAAAGAUUAAUUUAUUGAAAUGAAGGCUUAGCUCAUUGUGCUUAUCUGCUAUAACACGUUGAGAUUUUUCCUUAAUUUUAAUCAAAGGUACAAGAGCAUAUACAGUUUGGCUUUUCUUUCCUUGAGAUCCAACUGGGUGUGUAUACAAGGAGAAUGCAAAUGCUUUUCAUGCCUAUAUAGGACCCUGUGCUGUGCAUAAUAUCGGUGAACACUGAAUAAUAUGUAUUACCUUACAUACUUAAGACGAAUGUAAUCUUUAAAAUAUGAUGAAAUUAUGGGUAACUAAUGUCAAACAACAGUGGAUAAGAUAUCUGAUAUUCAUAUCUGGUCAGGAAAGGGUAAGUCAACCGACUCAUUUCCGAGAUAAAUUUACUUGUACGAAAGCAUUUUGUGACGAGAUGUCACUCAUCACCUAAAACGGUAAAAAUAUCCAUGAUUUUUUUCCGCCAGUAACAUAGUUCC